AUUAGAUUUGUUUCAUAUAAUCGGAGUCGAAGUAGGGGUCGUCCUAUGGAAUAGCCAGGUCCUCGUAGAGUGUUGCAAAGUCCUUGCCCGUAGGAGUAGGUAUGUCCCUAGCCUAUCUAUGACCUAUGACCUUCUGACGAAUGGAACAAGGUUGUGGUUUGCGACGAGGCUAAUGGUAAAAUCGGACUCGUAAUUCCAUAUUUCCCCCCAAACAUCCGGUUUCCUCCCAGCUGGUGGAAUAUGGAGAAAAAUGGGGAAAAAAUUGUUAAUCCGGCUGCGAAAGGAAGAGAAACGUCCGAGUUUCUCAUGGCCAUUGUCAGAACUUUAUCUACAAGUGCGGAUUUUGAACAAAGAGAAAAAGAGAAGGCGAGGAUAGAAAAGACAUUCACACAGAGUGACAAGAGACUUGGAGAACUUGUGUCUGAAAACUAUCAAGAUCUUGCCCAGAUUACCCAAGACUUCAGCACCAUCAGUAAAUCAGUCAAUGAAGCAAGAGAAAAGAUUAAGAAAAUUAAGGAUGACCUCAGCAGUUGUAAGACCCUCUUACAUUGUAAGAGGGAUGAAUUACGAAGACUUUGGAUAGAAGGAGUAGAGCAGAAGACAAUGGUAGCCAUGUUGGAUCAAAUAGAACAGAUCAAGGAAGUUCCUACAAAGCUAGAUAAUCUCUUGUUAAAGAAGCAUUAUCUUCAUGGAACAGAACUAGUUGUUAAUGCUGUCGCCAAAUUGGAAAAUCAGCUGGUUGGAGUUGAAGCUCUGAGGGAUUUAAAAGCAGAACUGAUUACAAGAAAAGAGCAAUUACAUGAGGUCUUGAUAGAUGAAUUGAACAAACAAAUCUACAUAAAGUCACAAUCACCAAACUUCUCCUCGCUCCAAGGAAAGAAGAGUAGCACUGCCCAGAAACAAGACAAUCUGAAAAGAAAAGGAGUAAAUGGUAUUCCGCCUCCAGAAAAAAUGGAGUUUGGGAAAGAGGUCAAGGAGGAUUUGAACUCUAACCCAGAGGAUGACCCUACCCACUUUAUGGCCAUCUUAGUCGAGUCCCUUUAUAUGCUGAGAAAAAUACCAGAGGCAGCUGAGGGCCUGAAAGUCAGAAUCCAACCAGAAUUGUCAGCCAUUGUAGCUCGGACUUCACAGCAUAUACUAGAGAGCACGUCUAACCAUGUGGACAGCUCUAAUCAGUCACAGUGUCUGUUGGACCUGCUGGAGAACAUCUUCCAUCAGUUCCGAUUUGUCGCCCACAUGCAUAAAGUAGUCUUGAGGAAUCUUCACAGAAUCAUCACAACAGGAAGCAGAAGGGAGGUGUCUGGGGUUCCAGUCCGACAGGAAUGUCUGUAUGACAUGACAGAUGUUUGGUCUAAAAUACAAGCUGUGGUGGAGUUGCUUCUGAGGGAGUAUCUUGAUGUGGAGAAUACUUCCUCCUCCAGACAGCGAGCGCCCUCCAGCUUUGAUGAACCCAGCACGGAUAUCAACUCUUUCUUUGCUAAGAAGAGGCCAGCAAAGCCCAAAAAGAUGGCAUUGUUCCGAUUUGAUGCUUCGAUUCAUGCCAUCAGUACUAAUAGCUACGUGGAUGAUAGUCGGGCUUUUGAUACUGGGGAUCUGUUCAGUAGUUCAUUAUUGGCAGAGAUGGGCCUGGAGAAAAAUCAGAUGGUGUGUAAACCCAGUGUAUACAAUAUAACAGCAAUAUUCAAACCUCUGGAGUUAUUCAUAAGAGAAAUAGAAGAUGCCAUUGCUUGUCCAGAUGGAAGAUCCAGUCUCCAGGCUUUCGUGACAGACUUUGUCCAGAAUAUUUUUCUUGGUCAAGUUCACUAUACAGUAUCUACCAGCAUUGGUUCAGCCACAAAAGAUUUAAUCCGCUACUACAAAAACCCGCAGAUGGAUGAGGAAGAUGAGAGCUUUGACGCCUUACGGCAUGUGGUGGAUCACAAGAUUCAAAAGGAGCUCGGGGUCAUUAAACCUCUGCUGACAAGUACAGUGACAGUGGACAAGAACCUUCAAGAGCUAAGAGAGCUGAUGCAGGAUCUGCCUGACUAUGCUGAUCAAUUCCUGAAUAUGAUUUGUAACACACUGAAGGAAUACAGAGACACCUGUCAUUCAGCAUACAGGGAAAUUGUACAGUAUGACUCGGAUGAGAGACGCGUUAUCAGCGCCAUGUGGGCCAAAGAUGAAGACAUAAGUCGAUUCCUCAGUUUCAGUUAUGAAGUCAGAUCCUUACCAAGUUGGCGGUCCCUUCAGUCUGCCAGUGGCCAGGAACUAGCCAGCGAGGACGUCUGCUCAGAGGAAGAAAUCAAGGCCCUUAAUUCUAAGGAAGCCCAAAUACUCAUCAGCAAUCUCACCUCAUCAGAUGCCAUGAUUCAGCAAGAAAUCAUCACUGAUGUCACCCAAAUGAGGACCAUUGCCAAUGUGCAUGAAAGUUUGGAGUGGUUUUCCAAUCGAAUGAAGGAUUUUUCCAAUUGUUUGUCUGCCAGAUCUGCUACAACGGCAGCAGACAUUGCAGCAUCUGAAUAUCCACCUGUAUCGGAAAAAACUUUAAGUUCCCUUAAGAAUUUAGUGAAGGAUUUCCAGGAUUUAGCCGAAAUAUGUCUUCUGCUUCUUCAUCUGGAAGUCAGAGUUCAUUGCUUUUACUUCCUGUUACCAGUUGCUAAGCAGUCCAAUUAUGCUGGACCCAUUGAUGAUCUUGACCCAGAUUCUAACGUCUUAAAACUAAACAAGGAUCUAUCUAGUAUGGAGGAAGUUUUACAACAGAGUCUGCAGCCCAAGAAGUUCAGGUACAUAUUCGAGAGUCUGGGAUUUUUAGUGGCAUCAAUACUAAUGAACAGUAUUCAAUACAUGAAGAAAAUUAAUGAAAAUGGCAUCAAAAAAAUGUGUCGAAAUCUGUUUGCCAUACAGCAGAACCUAACCAACAUUACGAUGUCUAGAGAAGCCGAUCUAGACCAUGCCAGACAAUACUACGAACUCCUGUACAUAAACCCAGACGAUGUGAUAACGAUGAUAGCAGAGAAGGGAGGUCGAUAUACAUUCCAAGAGUACACAGAGCUAGUUAAACUUCAUCACAGAAGCCAUGCUGCCCUGUCUCCAAGUCAGCUGGAGAGACGCAUGCAGAAGCUGAAGGAGGUCUUCUUCAAAACCCCUAAUGGAGAAUGUGAUCCCUGAGAGAUGGAGUAUUAUUGAAAGACAACAAUGGAUGAAUGAGAGGCACAUGAGAAUGAUCGAUUCAUAUUUGCAGACAAUAAUUGCUGUUUUAUAGUGCUUUUACUGUGCAAUAUAUUUUUUUUUUUCAUUUUGAUCACUAUUUAUUAAAGUAAAUACUGAAUAUACUUUAAUAAAA